AAAAAUUAGGAGAUGGAAGUUGGGGUUACUGCUGUUUUUGUUAACUUUUGUUUUGCAAAUCAUUGAAAAAUAUUCAUUUUUGAAUGAAAAUUAGUUUUUGUAUGUGUUAUAGAAAUAACAGUGCCAAAACAGUUUUCUUUACAUUUCAGUAGUUUUAGGAGGUUUGAUGAUAACAAAAAAAAAAAUGAUAAUAAUAAUAAUAAAUAAAUAAAUAAAUAAACAAAAUUUUGGCUCCGUGGCGACCUUCACGUCGGAGAGUUCCAGUAAGAAAUUCUAGCCACUUUCACCCCUGGUCAUAUUUCAAUUUCUAAUACCUGUGAAUGCUAAAGUGCAGUUGUUACUGUAAAGUCUGAAUUUGUUUUACUGCUCAACUAUGAUUGGCCCCGGUACACAAGCCCCGCCCCUACAGGCAGGCGUAUUGUUGUUCGCCGGAAUAAAGAUGGCGACCGGGCCCGCGUAAUUUGGAGACCCAAUUGAGGUCCUAUCCUUCAUGCAGCCUGGUGUAACUAUAUUGAGUAGCAAUGGCUUUUGAAGAAAUCGGGAACAAAGGAGAAAUGGACAUUGGACUGGAUGGGGAGAGGAGUCUUGUUGCUGGGCGAAGCCAAAGGGAGAAGAGGAGGUCAUAUAAAGAUCUUCUACGAGAGGAGGAAGAGAUUGCAGCUCAGGUCCGCAAGUCUUCCAAAAAACGACCAAAGGACUCAGAGAUGUUCAUGCUAGGAAGUGAUUCACACAAGAAGAAGAAGAAAUAUAGUGACGACUACUACUACAGAGAGCAUGAAGGCUCAGGCCACCCCAUUCACAAAAAGAAGCACAAAUCUGUAGACCGUUCGCCGACUCUCUCUUCACCUUCAACGUCCCACCCAGCAGACACAGCAAUGGGUCUUCUACAAGCUAUUACCUCUCCCCUGGCCACAGGAUCUGACCCUGGCCCCAAUUUACACAAAAAACCUUCCUAUCCCUCCUUGUCCUCACAUUCCUCGAAAGAUCGCAAAAGGGAAGGCAGCAGCAGCAGUGGAAGCAAAGGGAGCCACUCUUUUUCUCACUCCCGGCCAAUGUCUUCAUCAUCGUCAUCUUCUUCGAAGAAGCACUCCUUAUCUUCCUCAAAGUCAUCGCUAUUUCACGGUGGAUCCCACAAAGAGGAGCCUUUAACAUUACGGGAGGCUGAUGGGUUGAAAAUGAAAGUCAUUAUGUCACCGGAGAAAGAGGAAACUGAGUCUAAUCCAAUAACACACCACUCAUCUAAAAUGAAUGUCAAGAAAGAGAAAGAUCGAGAGCGGAUGCAAUCAAAAUCACCCAAGAAGAAGCUACAACAUAGUAGAGAUCCUCUGCCUGUAGUGGGGAAAGAGGUAGAAGUGGAAGGCCAUUAUGGAGGAGGCAUCGGAGAUGACAGCUCAACGUCAGGAGGAGAGCUGGAGGCCGGCGAAUUAGUUAUAGAUGACUCAUACACACACCAGUCAAAAAAGAAGAAGAAGAGCAAGAAAAGCAAAAAGAAAAAGGACAAAGAGAAAGACCGAGACAAGGAGAAAAGUGGGAAGGACAAAAAGCACAGCAAAGGGUUUGGAGAUUCAUCAAGGAGCCAUGGCAACUCCCAUCCCACUGUGUCUCAUAGCACUGUUGGUCCGAUGUAUGCGAUGGGUGCACCCAUGCCUCCGCACCACCAUCAAGGCAGUGAUGGGGCAAUGGAGAAGAAGAAAAAGAAAGAGGACAAAGAUCGGGAGAAGCAUGAUAAAGAUAAACCCAAGAAAAAGAGUGCAUCUGCAUAUCAAGUGUUUUGCAAGGAGUAUAGAGUUAACAUUACUGCUGAACAGCCAGGACUAGUGUUCGGUGAACUAAGCAAAAAGUUGGGGGAGGUAUGGAAGAGGAUGCCGGAAAAAGACAAACUGUUUUGGAGGCAGAAAGCUCAGUAUCUGCAGCACAAACAGAACAAGGCUGAGGCUACCACAGUCAAACACAAGACAUCCAAUGAGAGCAAAAGCAAAGCCAAAUCUGGUGUGGUGUCACCCAACAAGGCACCAGCGACUGUCUCUCUUUCCCCUGCACGAGUCCCUGAAGUUGAUCCUAUUGAUGCAGCUGCUCACCUGCAGCUGCUCGGCGAGUCCCUGUCCUUGAUUGGCCAUCGUCUCCAGGAAACAGAGGGCAUGGUGGCGGUGUCUGGGAGUCUGUCUGUGCUUCUCGAUUCUAUCCUGUGUGCCCUCGGACCACUGGCCUGUCUAACUGCUCAAAUACCACAGUUAAAUGGAUGUCCCCGGAACGUGCUGUCAAAUACAUUGGACAACAUUGCCUACAUCAUGCCUGGUCUGUGAGUGAAGGACCCCAUGGAAGCUAGUGUAGUGGAUAGGCUCCAGCACCUCGACGACCCUCGUGAGGAAAAGCGGCAUGGAAAAUGAAUGAAUUAAUGAAAGUCAAGGCUCUGAGCCAGAAGCAUACCUGGACUUUAUUAGUAGCCAGUGACUCUUGGCAAGAAAAAUAUUUUUAGUCCCAACAUGUUUUUAAAAUCCUAUUUUUUAGACCGUGUUAUUAUAGUAUUGUUUUAUUGUUAGACUUUUAAAAGAAACAUUUUAUUGUUAAUAGUCUUACCGCCUAGUUUCAUUGUUACUGUUCAGUGUGCGUGUUUAUAUGAUAUAUUCUUUCUUAUGAAGAUUGCUUUUGUACAAAUCUGGGGAUUUUUUUGUAUGUAUGGUUUGUUCAGGAGGACCUGAAACCUAGUCAUCAUUAACAUAAGGUAAAAUAUUCCUUUACUAUUCAAUGUUUCUUUUAUUAAACUUAAAAUUUAAUCUUCAAAUUAAAAGCAGCCUGUGUAGAAACAAACUCCUUUGUGGACUUCUGUCCAUGUAAUCCACCAAAUGUGACUUAUUUGGCACUGAAGUAAUUCCAGAAAUGGUGAUCCUGCGUCAAAGUCUCUAAAAAGACGUUUACAAACAAAAAAAAGCACGCCAAACAAAUGAUUUUUCAUUUCGUAUUCCGGUGUGUGUUUCACUUCCAGGCAUUUUCCAUUUUCUUUAUGAGACGUGGAUUAAGGCAUCGUGGAUAUCCCUCCGACGUAUCCUCCACAAAGUUUAAAAAGUUCUAAAUGAUAGCCACAAAAAAAACAUCAUGGCUAUUGACUCAAUUCAGGGCAUGCAUGAGAACGCAUCCUACAUACUGUAAAAAAGCACCAAAAGCAAUCGAAAACGAACACUGGUCAUAUUUUGUUUUCCCACGUCUGUUAUAUUGAAGAGACUAGUUAAGGCUCAUUUUCUGUUUUCACAUUACCAAUGUUUAACCGAGAAAUGGGAGACAAUUUAUGUCUCGUUUUUGUUGACACACAUUCAAUACCGAAUUGGGCUUGUUUUCUGUUUUUUUUUUCUUUCAAAUUUAUUAGAAAUCACAAAUGGCCAAAAGACUUUAAAAUUUAAUGACAACCAGGUCUUUAAGUUUUUUUUUUUUGUAAUAUAUAUAUAAUUAUCCAAAAAAAAGUCACUCGGGUUAAUUCCAGUCACCAAAUAUUUGCAGAGGUGGGUAGUAAUGUGUUACAUGUACUCCGUUACAUUUACUAAGUAACAUUUUGAGAAAAAUGUGCUUCUAAGAGUAGUUUUACUAAGCCAUACUUUUUUACUUGAGUAGAUUUGUGAAGAAAAAAACACUACUCUUACUCUGCUACUUGGGCUACAGAAGACUCGUCGCAUUUUUCAUCUUUAUUUUACAUAUUAGAUUUAUUUAUUUAUUUUGCCAGCGAUGCCAAGAUUAGCUCUGCCAAUUUUACCAAUGAGACGUCGCAGCAAUAAUCACAUGACUCCAUUAUACCAAUCAGACACAAGCUUGCUGUUCUAUGUUCACGGCAGCCUGUUCAAUCAUGUGGUUGCUUUAAAGCACCGUAAAAAAAUGACGUACUUGACAUAGAGCCUCAACAUGACUCGAAAGCGCUGAUUUUAACCUCUCAAAGUUGUUAUUUGGCACCAAUUGGCCACGGAAAACGGAGAUAUGAUAGUUUUAAUUUCAUAAUAGUAAUUAUGAAGGAACUAGUCACUAUUCAAAAUAGGAAAUAUUUUCCCCACCUUAGGGCACUCAUGAUCUUUGGAUGAAUAAUGCUUCAUUUAUGUAAUUUUUUUCCCCGUCAUAAUUCAAUAAAUUUUU